UUCUCUUGCCCAAUAGGCAGCGAGAAAGUAGGGGCAGCCUUUUAAGCGGCGGCCCGCUCAUCCAAUACACUCAGGGGUCGCCCUUAGAUUGAUGUGCGGCUGGACCAUUGGGAAGGCGCGAGCCUAGGUCGAGGAAAAGCAGGAAGCGGCCGAGGAGGCGGAGGCAGCGGCAGUCGGGAGAGGGGCCUGGGGGGCUGAGGAGCCGCUGGACCGCCCGCCCCCGCCGCCACCGCCCUCCUCCCCGUCGCCGCGGCGGCGCCCUGAGAGGCCGGAGCCAGGCCGAACCUUCUGAAAUCCUCACCAUGGGUGACAUGAAGACCCCAGAUUUUGAUGACCUCUUGGCAGCUUUUGAUAUUCCCGAUAUUGACACGAAUGAGGCCAUCCACUCUGGCCAUGAGGAGGCAGAGGCUCACAUCAAGCCCAUCCCCGUUGAGACUGUGGUUCCUGACCAUGUGCUGCCCCAUGCCGACAUCACCACAGUCAGUGUCAUUGUGAAGAACACAGUCUGCCCUGAGCAGCUCGACCCUGUGGACGGCCGUGUCAAAGACGGCCAUGGGGUGGGCCCCCGCCUGCUGCAGAAUGGUUUUGCUGCUCCUGAGACACCCCACUCCCCGCCUGCCCGCCCAGUGGAAGCGGCUGCCCCUGCCAACGGGGAGUGCUGGGCACCCAAAGAGAAGGCCCAAAGCCUGGAACUUUUCUCACACUUCAGCCCUGAUCCAAACGAGGACCAUGCGGCCAACCUCAUUGAUCGGCCACGAGAAUGCAAACCAAAAGAGAAGACCCUUUCUGUGCCUUCCCUCUCCCCACCCCCCACCCUUUCUUCUGCCCCGUCCUUGGACUGCCAAGAACCUGCCAGGGAGAGCGCUGGGCUGCUCCCUCCAGCGUUUCCACAAUCAUUCGAAACGUGUUCAGCGAGUGGAAUAAGCCUUCCGCCGCCACUGCCUCCCCCGCCUCCCCCUCCCCCUGCAGCCCCCCUCACCAUCAAGCAAGAGUCGGACUGUGAGGUGCCCUGUCGGGGGGCCAGUCCCUUGGGUCGCCCAAAGUCGGGUUCCGUUUGCUAUUCUACAGACAAUUCCCCCAUCACACCCUGGCCUGAGUCGGACACCAGUGCGAACCUCGAGAGCAACUCCAGCACCGCCCCCGAAGUCAAGCCCUCUCCCUCCAGCCCUCCGGACCAGCUCUUCAAAGGUUCUCUGAAAGCAGAAGGGAGUCCCGGAGUCUCGGCCUCCCCGAAACAUUUGGAAGGGGGAAACCUGAAGGAAGAGCCCGUUGAGAAACCCCUGCAGUGCCCUGCAGAGGCAUCUAGUGGGGAGGAGGAGGAGGAGGAGGAUGAGAGUGCCAGUUCUCCAUCAUCCAAUUCUUCGCGCCCCCUCAAGGUAAGGAUCAAGACCAUCAAAACCUCGUCGGGAAGCAUCACCAGGACGGUAACGAGGGUCUCUUCGGACUCGGAGCCUGGAGCCGCCAAGCUGUCCUCGGAGAACAACCCACAAGAGGCCAACUCUGCCAAAGAAACUGCCCUCCCGACCCCUGCCGAGAAAGAAGAGGGCACGGUGGAGCCCCCCAGCCCCAAAAUGGUGGCCCCCAGCCCCUUGAAGGUCAUCGAAGGGCCCAAAGUGGUCAGUGUGCAGCUGGGCGAUGGCACCAAAAUCAAGGGGACCGUGCUGCCCGUCUCCACCAUCCAGAACGCCAGCAGUGCCAUGCUGAUGGCGGCCAGCGUGGCCCAGCAGAAGGCCGUGGUGUUGCCCAGCAAAGCCGUGGCCAAGAACAUCAUCAGCUUGGUGCCCCAGGCCCUCCCCAAAGCCAACGAUGCCAGGGCGGGGGCCGGCGGCACCCUGGCCCAGCCAGCCACGGUCACCACCGUGGCCAACCAGAAGGUCAACGGCACCACGGUGGUGGUGAUGCAGCCCCAGAAGUCGUCGCCCACCCUGGCUGGCACGGUCAUCUCCCGCAGCCAGUCCAGCCUGGUGGAGGCCUUCAACAAGAUCCUGAACAGCAAGAACCUCCUGCCCACCUACAAGCCCAACCUGAUCCCCCCGGCCGACUCCAGCCUGAGCCUCCCGCCGCUCGGCUACCGCUGCCUGGAGUGCGGCGACGCCUUUGCCCUGGAGAAGAGCCUGGCCCGCCACUACGACCGGCGCAGCAUGCGCAUCGAGGUGACCUGCAACCACUGCACCAAGCGGCUGGUCUUCUUCAACAAGUGCAGCCUCCUGCUGCACGCCCGGGAACACAAGGACAAGGGGCUGGUCAUGCAGUGCUCCCACCUGGUCAUGCGGCCCAUUGCCCUGGACCAGAUGAUCGGCCAGCCCGACAUCACCCCCUUGGUCUCGGUGGCCGCCCUGGGCGCUGGCAAAGUGGCGGCUGUGACUGCCGCUGGGGUGGCGCAGGAGGCCGUGGCCGCCGCCACCAACGGAGCAGCGUCUCAGGACCCGCCCGCCCUGCCCUUGAACGGGACCGCCGAGCAGAACACCACCAACUCCUGCCAGUGCCUGGAAUGCAAGGAGCAAUGCAAAGACAAAGCCGGGCUCACCGCCCACUUCCAGCAGGCGGCUGCCCCCUCCUCCUCCUGCACGGUGUGCAGCGCCUGUCCCAUGAUCAUGCCCAACCGCUGCAGCUUUGCCGCCCAUCAGCGCAUGCACAAAAACCGCCCGCCCCACGUCUGCCCAGAGUGCGGGGGCAACUUCCUCUUGGCCAACUUCGAGGCCCACCUGAAGGAGGCGUGUCUGCAUUUUUCUCGGAGGAUUGGCUACAGGUGCCCCAGCUGCUCGGUUGUCUUCGGAGGGGUGAAUUCCAUCAAGUCCCACAUCCAGACGUCCCACUGCGAGGUGUUCCACAAGUGCCCCAUCUGCCCCAUGGCGUUUAAGUCGGCGCCCAGUGCUCACGCCCACAUCUACACCCAGCACCCGGGCUUCAGCAACCAGCAGUCCAAGAUGAUCUACAAAUGUGCAAUGUGUGACACGGUCUUUACCCACAAGCCCCUGCUCUCCUCUCACUUCGACCAGCAUCUGCUCAACCAGAGGGUCAGUGUCUUCAAGUGUCCAGACUGCCCCCUUCUCUUUGCCCAGAAGCGGACCAUGCUGGAGCACCUGAAGAACUCUCACCAGCCCCAGAAGCCCAAGGAGGACCCUGUCAAGAAGCCCGUGGUCGCCCCGCUCACCCCCAAGCAGGAGCCGGCAGAAGAAGAGCCCCCGCCGCCUGCCACCAAGGUCUCAGAGUCGUCGUCGUCGUCGUCUUCGGAAGAUGAGGAGCCCCCCAGCUCCCCAGAGGUGCGCAAGAGCAAGAGGGGCCGCUUCCAGCGCAAGGGGGAGACAGGCGGCCGCUCCCGGAGCAACGGGUGGACCUGCGGGAUCUGCCACUCCUGGUUUCCCGAGCGGGACGAGUACGUCGUGCACAUGAAGAAGAUCCAUGGGAAGUGUGUGAAGAAGUUCCCGUGCCGUCUCUGUGAGCGCUCCUUCUGCUCUGCUCCCAGCCUGCGGAGACACGUCCGGGUGAACCACGAGGGCAUCAAACGCGUCUACCCCUGUCGGUACUGCACGGAAGGCAAGCGCACCUUCAGCAGCCGCCUCAUCCUAGAGAAACACAUCCAGGUGCGCCACGGGAUCAAGGUGACCGACGAGACCCGCAGCCAGGAGGUGCUCAUCACCCGCAUGGGUGCCAGGAACGCACAGGCGUCUGGCCGGAAGCGCAAGCUCUCCUCGGACGAAGGGGACUCGUGCAGUGAGGAGCCGGACAGCACCACCCCGCCUUCCAAGACCCCCAAAGGCGACCGGAAGUCCUCGUACCACUGCCGCAAGUGUGGCUACGUGGCCUCCACGGCGGCCGAGUUCCAGGAACACAUCCCACAGCACAGGACAGGCGAGAGUGCCCACCAGUGCCGGGAGUGCGGGCUCUGCUUCACCUCUCAGGUCUCCCUCAACCGCCACCGCUUCAUCACCCACAAGAAGAAGCGGGGCGCGGUGGCAGCGGAGGAGGGCAGUCCCCGGGGCGACCCCGAGGAGGGCUCCCCGCCGGCAGCCGGAGGCAAACUCUCCUGCACGGUCUGUGGCAAGGGCUUUGACACCCAGCUCAACCUGAAGACUCACUUCCGUACCCACGGGAUGGCCUUCAUCAAGGCCCGGCAGAACGUCGGGGCAGAGAACUAGCCGGGGCGAGGACCUGCCUGCCCGGCAUACGGGGCCGACAGCUGUAGGGAGAUGGUGGGGCGUCCCGACUCGCGGGCCUGGGGGUGUGCGUGUCAGCGCCUCGGCAUCCCACCUCACUUCUUUAAUAGGUUGGGUAAAUAAGCUGUGAUUGUGGAGGGUGGGUUGGAGGGAGCCUUAUUUAUAACCCUAGUUCGGUUGUCUCUGCUAUCCUCAGAACGGACUCCUUGUCUCGGCCAUUUUUUUUUUAACUUUUUGGUGGUUGGGGUUUUUUUUUGUAAACAGAGGAUUCAGUUUGGGGAAGGUUGCAGGGUUUGAAACCGUAUCGAAAAUGAGCAUUAAGUUUGACAGUCCGGCGUUGGACUCUCAGCCCCAACACAUGCUGGCCGGUUCUAGAUCGAGACGCAGCGACGUCUGUAUCUCCUCUGGUCCCUCUUCCUCGCUGGGAAGAAAUCCUGCUGGUUUUCUGUUAAUUUCUGUAAGAGACUUGCAACGCCUCACAAGGUUUCCUUUUUCUUUCUGAACGCCAGCGCAAAAUAGAGCAAACCAAUUGCCGUCUCCUGCUGCCUCCAACCUUUCAAUUUGGGGGUUUCUCUUUCUCUUAUUUUUGGAGCGGUUCGUUCUUUCUGCCUCGGCCUCACACCAGUUCUUCCUUCCUCCCUUCCUCCCAAAGAGGAUUUGCUCCAAUCCUGUCUGUUGCCCUUAAAUGUUUUCUUUAUCCAUUUUUACAUUCACAGCUGUAGAAAAGAAGUCAUACUUAGCUACAGGUUAGUGUCUCUGGUUCCCCUCACCAUUUUAAAUCAGAAUCAUGACUUAAGUUCUUGGUGAGGGGAGAAAAACCUCUGCUUUUCCCCACUUGCUGAUCAUAAAGUUAACUCCUUUUGUAUGUUCUUAUACUAACCUUUCCAAGUCAUUCCAUGGGGUAGAGUUUGUUUUUUUAAAAAAAAUUGUGUUGGAUGUGUAUUCCUUUUCGGGUCUCAAUGUGUGGAUUGGCUUCUUCUACUACACACAGUGGGGAUUUCACGGAACUAGAGAAGUAAUCACUUGCUCCCAGGUUCCUCCCCUCCCCUGGUUGGAAAAUGUACAUUUUUGAGGUGGUACAGGGUUGGAACAAGGGAAGGCGGAAGUCAAGGGGUGGGUGGUGGGCAGAGUCUCCAUCACACGUAAAACAGGUUAUCUCCAUAGAUCCAAGGAACACCAGAGUCCCAUGCUUUGAAUAGCUUGUGGAAAUGUAGCAUCAGCCACAGGGGGCCAUUUUGCACAGGAUGGAUUUAAAAAAGUCACUUGACUUUUUAUUUUUCUGUCUGCCAUUAGGGUGAUUAGGAAAAUGAAUGUGAAUCGAGGGAUUUGCCUGCCUGUCUGCCUGAACCCCCACUCUGGGUUGGUUUUAAAAAGAGACAGAGCGACUUAAGCAGCAGUCCUAAAUGUGUGCCUGAACGAAAACAGACAAGCCGAAACUCCACACUAGAUCUGUGGUGAGUGUGAGAUAGCCAUACCCUUUCAGACUGUGCGUGGGGGUUUGAACGCACGCUUGUGUGAAAUGCAGUCUUGUAUGUACGACAUGAGCAUGUUGGGAAGAAGGUUCUAGGUUGCCCUUUUCUGUAACGUGUCACUGUUUUGUGUUCAGGGAAGUGUUUUUAUGUGAGGAGCAAUCCACCGCUUGGAUUCCUCCUCUCCCAUUCCUGAACCCGGACAUAGUUGGGGUGCUUAGCAAUGGUUCCCAUGUUAAGAUGUCUCGAUUACUGUUCUUGGACCCCUCCCACUCUUGCAUGUGUUCCUGAAAUGUGAGCGGAGCGGUUAUUAGAAGCAGCACCCCUGAGCUUAAAGCCUUGCCUUUCAUCUUGGGUGGGGAAACGUUGGUUUCCCUCCGUCCCACCGGUUUGCACAGGUCCACGGUUCGCUUGGAAGUUCUCUGUCACACACCUCCUAAAUACAACCAGGUGCUCUUUUCCGUGCUCUUUUGCUCCUCCCGUUCAUUUUGGUGGGGCUCAUCAUGGCAGCGAACAUCUUGGCAGAUUGUGGCUCUUCCCUCUCCUGACAACUCCUGGAUAAGAUCUGUCCGUCUCCCACUCCUAGGUAGGCUGGCCUUUCAGCAGGGCCAACUUUGGGAGAGGGUGUUUAGUCUCUCUGGAGCACUGAUUUUGCUACGAAUCAUGGUUGGUUUUGAGUCUCUGCCUCCCCCCGUUUUCUUUUCUCUCCACAUCGGCUCCAGAGGACAUGCAUUCCUAGAUUUACGUGACCAAGGUGAGAUUUACACAUUUACCUUUAUAUCCUAAGAAAUGUCAAACGGAGCUGUACGUUUUGGCAAAGGUUAUGAAAGAUGUAUUUCUGUCCUUUAAGCCUCCCCUCCAGCUUCAGUUUCUUCCUCCUCACGCCAUCCAAUCAUGUCUGUGUGGGGCGGUGGGUGGAAAUUGCUACUUUUUUUUUGGUCUUAAGUAUUUGAAUUGGGAGCGGGGGGGCGGUGUUCCCCCCUCCCUUCCAACCAAUUGUGCACAAGUGAUUAUUUUUAGUAACAUGAAUUUCUUUGUUUUUGACUUGUCACUAAUGCUUAUUAACAAAGCGUGUGUCUCUAAACAAAUCUGUAACACAUACUUUAAAAAAAAAAGAAAAGAAAAAGGUUC